AUGGACGUGGACGUGGACGUGGACGUGGACGUGGACGUGGACAUGGACGUGGACAUGGACGUGGACGUGGACGUGGACGUGGACAUGGACGUGGACGUAUACGUAGACGUGGACGUGGACGUGGACGUGGACGUAGACGUAGACGUGGACGUGGACGUGGACAUGGACGUGGACGUGGACGUGGAGGACGUGGACGUGGACGUGGACGUGGAGAACUUGGACGUGGACCUGGACGUGAACGUGGACGUGGACGUGGACGUGGAGGACUUGGACGUGGACGUGGACGUUGACGUGGACGUGGACAAGGACAUGGACGUGGACGUGGACGUGACGUGGACUGGACGUGGAGUGGACGUGGACGUGGACGUGGACGUGGACGUGGACGUGGACGUGGACGUGGAGGACGUGGACGUGGACGUGGACGUGGACGUGGAGAACUUGGACGUGGACAUGGACGUGAACGUGGACGUGGACGUGGACGUGGAGGACUUGGACGUGGACAUGGACGUGGACGUGGACAUGGACGUGGACGUGGGCGUGGAAGUGGACAUGGAGGUGGACGUGGACGUGGACAUGGACGUGGACAUGGACGUGGACGUGGACGUGGACAUGGACGUGGACAUGGACAUGGACGUGGACGUGGAGUGGACGUGGAUGGACGUGGACGUGGACGUGGACGUGGACGUGGACGUGGACUUGGACGUGGACGUGGACGUGGACGUGGACGUGGACGUGGACAUGGACGUGGACAUGGACGUGGACGUGGACGUGGACGUGGACAUGGACGUGGACGUAGACGUGGACGUGGACGUGGACGUGGACAUGGACGUGGACGUGGACGUGGAGGACGUGGACGUGGACGUGGACGUGGACGUGGAGAACUUGGACGUGGACAUGGACGUGAACGUGGACGUGGACGUGGACGUGGAGGACUUGGACGUGGACAUGGACGUGGACGUGGAGUGGACGUGGACGUGGACGUGGACUGGACGUGGAGUGGACGUGGACGUGGACGUGGACGUGGACGUGGAGGACGUGGACGUGGACGUGGACGUCGAGAACUUGGACGUGGACAUGGACGUGAACGUGGACGUGGACGUGGACGUGGAGGACUUGGACGUGGACAUGGACGUGGACGUGGACGUGGACAUGGACGUGGACGUGGACGUGGACGUGGACGUGGACCUGGACAUGGACGUGGACGUAGACGUGGACGUGGACAUGGACCUGGACAUGGACGUGGACGUGGACGUGGACGUGGACAUGGACGUGGACGUGGACAUGGUCGUGGACGUGGACGUGGACGUGGACGUGGACAUGGACGUGGACGUGAACAAGACGUGGACGUGA